UCCUUCCGCGUCAUACUCUGUAGUAGUAUCUGGUGGUAGCCCCAUGGCUAUCCCUUCGAAUCGCAGAGCAAUCUUGCUUGCCAUCUUCAUUGCUUUCGGCGGGUUUCUCUUUGGAUAUGACAUUGGUGUCAUUUCAGGAUGUCUCAUCAUGGACGAUUUCGUCGAGCGCUUCGGUCAGCAGAACUCUGAUGGUUCGUACACGUUGUCGAGCUCGCGCCAGUCCAUCAUUACGUCUCUGCUCUCUGCUGGAACUAUUGUCGGCUCGCUCGGGCAGGCAUUCACGUCAGAUCGCUUCGGCCGGCGAGGCUCGAUAUUGAUGUGGUCGUUCAUCUUCACUAUCGGAACUGUCAUUCAGACGAGUACGGUCCAUUCCAUCGCACAGCUGGUAGUGGGAAGAUUCGUCGCGGGUCUGGGUGUGGGAGCUCUUUCCGCUAUUGUACCUCUGUACAAUGGAGAGACGGCACCGAAGGCACUGCGUGGCAUGCUCAUCGUGCUGUACCAAGUGCAGAUCAUCAUGGGGAUAUUCUUUAGCUACUUGGUUGACCUUGGCACGCACCACCUGAAGGGUUCUGCAGAAUGGCGCAUUCCAGUCGGUUUGCAGAUGCUCUGGGGCUUGAUCCUGCUUUCCGGAAUUUUCUUUUUGCCGGAAUCGCCACGUCAUCUAUUGGGUACAGGACGAGAAGAUGAAGCACGCCAGGUUAUUGCAGAACUCAACAGUGUGCCUGUGGAUGAUCAGGCGGUCGUGGAGAUCAUUGAUGAACUCGAAUAUGGUAUCCAUGCUGAGAACGAUGGCGGAAAGGCGACGUGGCUGGAGUGCUUCUCGACCCGCAAUAUGCUCUGGAAGCGCACUGUCAACGGCAUGAUGCUUCAGUUCAUUCAGCAAUUGAACGGCCAGAACUUCUACUACUAUUAUGGCGAUACGUUCUUCAAAAGCGCGGGCACGGACCUGUCGUCCUAUGUCAUUCAAGUCAUACUUGGAGCAGUCUCGGUAGCAGGUACCCUCCCCGCCCUGUAUCUGAUUGAUACCCUGGGCCGUCGCAGGUCGCUUAUGACCGGCGCCGCCUUCGAAGCGUGUUGCGCCCUGAUAGCAGGCCUCGCCGGCCAUUUCAUGCUCGCCCCAUCCGGGACACCGCAAAGCGAACUCACCGCGCGCAACAAGACCGGCGGGAACGUCCUCAUCGCCUUCGCUGUGCUGCACGUCUUCGCAUACUCCAUAUUCUGGGGCCCGACGCCAUGGGUGUACCUCGGCGAGUCGUUUCCUCUCCGUGUCAGGCCAAAGUGCAUCGCCCUCGGUAGCGCGACGAACUGGGUAUGGAACUUCCUUCUCUCCCUCUUCUCGCCACGCAUCGCCGACGACAUCGGCCCGCUCAUCCUGCUCGUCUUCGCGGGCAUGCUCGCUUUCGGCUUCUGCUACGUGUGCCUCUUCAUUCCAGAAACAAAGGGCCUCUCGCUCGAGGAGGUCGACGAGAUGUACCGUGCCAAGGUGCUCCCCUGGAAGUCGAGCGGCUGGCGCCCGUCCGAGAAGCACCUCCACGACAAGGUGGAGAUGCAGACGACGGAGGUCCGCGAGGAAAAGGAGAAGAGCGAAGUGGAUGCAUGAGAUGUAUGAUGAUUUUUUACUACGACCUCGAUGCACAUGUAUUUCUAUUGCUUUGUCUCAGUGAAAUCAUAUCUUUUGUUCAAUUGCCG